AUGGCCGCCAACUACUGGUCCUCGACACAGAAAACCUCCUGGAGCUUCAGCAGGGACAAGCUUGCCAGCAUCCGUGAUGAGGUCGAGAAGCCACACGCACAACUCGUACAUCAGCACCCCUAUGCCGACCGGCGGUUGAUGUUCAUCUUCCUGCGGGACCGCCUGCUGCAACUAGCCAAACGGCUACCGUUCCGGCAACAGUGCGUGGCGACGGCCCUCGUCUACAUGCAUCGGUACUUUCUAUCGACACCGAUGCAGAACGUCAACCUAUAUCUCCUGACGGCCACCGCGUUCUACCUGGCCUCCAAAACGGAAGAAUCGCCUCACCACAUCCGCAUCGUGGCGUCCGAAGCGCGUCAGGCUUGGCCCGAGUUCGUGCCUGGCGAUGUGUCGAGAUUGGGCGAGAUGGAAUUCUGCUUGAUCUCAGAGAUGCGUUCCCAGCUCAUCGUGUGGCACCCCUACAGAACACUGAUCGACCUUAAAGACAACCAAGACCUGAAGCUCACCAGCGACGAACUGGGCUUGGCGUGGUGCAUCAUCAACGACAGCUACAUGACCGACCUCCCGCUUACCUGUGCACCACAUCUGAUAGCGGUGAUUGCCAUGUUUCUUGCUGUGGUCUUCUAUCCUUACACGAGAAGCAAUGCGGCCAGGCCCCCCGGCCAGGACUCGCUCAUGGGCGUGGACGGCAACUCAUUCUCGUCCAUGGGCGGAAGACCCGGCCUGGCUGGUGUCCUCGGAAGCGCGAUGCACGGACUCCCAAUGAACCCGCCUACGACGGCUGCAUCAGCGAACCAAAGCCAGACUAAUGGCGCUGGUCGUCCUGGAGCGAGCGAGCCUCCUCGACUCAUUACGCCCGACCGCGCGCAGACCAUGGCCGUCAUUCAGCAGUCGGAGAAAUUCACCAAUACGAUCAAAUUUCUUGUCGAAUCAGACAUUGAUCUGAAGCAAAUGAUCGAUGGCACUCAGGAGAUCAUCAGCUUGUAUCAAGUCUGGGAGGAAUUCAAUGAAAAGGCCAUCAAGGAGGCGGUGUCGAGAUGCCUGAAGUCAAACGCUAUCGACACCUAG